AUCGCUGAUAACCGUGCAACCUGAUGAACCAUAGGUCACUCCACUCAAGUCUCCCAGAGGUGAUCCGCGUCUCCCUCUCUUCCCGAACAACCGCUCAUCCAAAAGACGGCAUCCUUCGGCGAGCUCUCCGGACUCUCCCGCCAUCCAGUGAUGUCUUUUCUGCUCAUCACAGUGCUGUCCUCACUUCUAGUGCAAGAUGCUGAGGCGUGGGGCGCCAAUGUCAAGUACGCGGUGAACUGCCCCGACAGAUGCAACGCGGAGCGGUGUGGCGGGACACAGCGGUGCACACGGACCGUCCUGGAUGACUGCGGCUGUUGCCAGGUCUGUGCAGCCGGCAGAGGGGAGCACUGCUACCGCACAGUGUCGGGGAUGCACGGGGUGAAGUGCGGACCAGGAUUAUUCUGCGAGUUCUACAAGGAUGAGGACGAUUAUGGUGACGAAUAUGGGAUCUGCAAAGACUGUCUCUACGGAACUUAUGGGGUUGAAUGCCGCAAGACAUGCAACUGCAAAGGAGGCAUUUGUGACAGGGAGACAGGAGCUUGUCUCACCCUCAAAUUCUUUGCCAAAAUUGGCAGCAAGCUCAAGACUGAACCCCAAACAGGUGCAGAUGUGGGCUCAGGCGAGGUCAGCACUGUCCAGAACACAGAUCAACACACAGACAGAUCCGCUGCUCCAAAGCGGCUCAGCCCUCGCUGACAAGUGCUGACAAGACUGAAUCUAUUCAGUGUAAAUGUAGCAUUAACUUAUAAAUGAUCCGAAAGAUAUAUUUUAUUAUGUUAAAUGAUAAACAGACUUUUUUACAGCGUUUGGAAGUUUUAUUUGGUUUGCUUAGUCCUUGUUCGACACAUCAUCUUUUCUAAAGAAAUAUGCUUAGCUAUGUUAUUAUCUUCAAAGUCUCUAUCUCUGUUUUAUUGUUCUUUAUGUGUUUUUAGAGUAAAUUAACUAAAACUAUCCAGUUCCCAUUAGCUUCAGUGUAGACCUGAUUCUCUCAUUUAGUGUGCCUUCAUGCAUUAUUGUUGAAGAAAAGAGAGUUAUUGUCACAAGAAAGGGCCAUGCAUUUAUUUUCCAUAAUGAUAUUUUAUUUGUACUGUAUAUAUGAAAAUCGGAAAUAUCAUGUACAUGACACCAGCCAAUGUAAAGAACGCUCUUACAAUUAAACCAAAGUUAA